AUGCAGCUGCCUGUGAUGCUGGCCACCCGGGCUGCGGCCUGGGUGUGCCUCAUCAAGCUUGUCUCCAGCUCGCCGACCAUCAGCUUCCCCUUCAAUGCCCAGGUGCCUCCAGUCGCACGGAUUGGCUCGACCUACUCUUUUGUCUUAGCAGCCAACACGUUUACGUCUUCUGUCGCUGCUACCUCGUCCUCAUCGUCAGCGGACCCCAUGACGUAUUCCCUGUACAAUGCGCCAAGCUGGCUCUCCAUCGACUCCGGCGAGCGCUGGCUGCACGGCACGCCACAAGACAACGACGUCCCUUCUGGCGACGUGGCCGGCAUCCCCUUUGGAAUCGUGGCCACGGACAGCACCGGCUCGACUACCAUGAGUGUCAUUCUGGUGGUCUCCCGGAAUCCGGAACCGACUGUCAAGAUCCCCAUUGCCCAGCAGCUUGCCGACACGGGCCUUCCGUACUCAGAGCCGUCGUCCAUUCUAGCGUACCCGGACCAGUACUUUAACUUUUCGCUCUCACAGUCAGCAUUUUCAAGAUCUGGUCUUAAUUAUUACGCCGUCUCAGGCGACAACUCGCCGCUGCCCUCGUGGAUCGCCUUUGACACGCAAGAACUCAAAUUCUCAGGCACGACACCGCCGUCGGACUCUUUGGUCGAGCCUCCACAAACGUUUAAUUUUCAACUCAUUGCGUCUGAUGUGACUGGGUUCUCCGCGUCCUCUCUUGGCUUUUCGAUUGUGGUGGGAAGACGCGUGAUCACAGCCGACAAACCAGCCGUGGUUCUUAACGCGACCGCUGGCAAGGAACUCGUGUACGACGGUCUGCAGCAUGGCAUCAAGAUCGACGGCCGGGUCGCGGGCCCGAACAACCUGACUGCCAAAGUCCUGUCCGACAUGUCUCCGCCCGACUGGCUGGUGUUUGAUGCCACCACGUGGCUGUUGAGCGGUACGCCGCCCUCCUCGGCCCAAAACUCGGCCUUCUCCAUCUCGUUUUCCGAUGCCCUGGCCGAUUCCGUCAAUGUCACGUUCCAAGUCGACAUUGACGAGAACGGCACCGUGUUCCGCGACACACUGCCCGCCAUGCAGGCGCAGCGCGGCAGCGGGUUCCAUCUCGACCUGGGACCCUAUCUCGUCCAGACGAAGGGCGUCACAGUCGUUGUGGAGACGGACCCCAAGGAGGACUGGAUCAAAUUCGACAGCUCGACGCUUGUCGUGUCUGGCGACGUCCCGAUUUCGGCAACCGCCUCGUCGAUUUCCGUCUCGGUGCGGGCGACGCUAGACAGCUCCAAGGCCACGGAGAGUGAGACGUUUUUGUUGCAGAUCUUACCGGGCACAUCGUCUAACAACGCAACGGCCUCCUCCUCGUCGUCUGCUACGCCAACCACACCGACCUCGACGAGCACCACUUCUGCAUCUGUGGCUGCGCCCAAAUCGUCGUCGUCGUCGACCCAGACCAUCCUGCUCGCCGUGCUCAUUCCAACGCUGCUGCUGGCUUUGGUUCUCACAAUUAUCGCGUGCUGCUACCUGCGCCGGAGACGCCAGAAACGCCGCGAGUUGUCUCAGCACUUGACCAACAAGGACAUUUCCGACCCUGUGCCGUUCAGCUUUGCAUACAAUGGCCAAGAGGACAUUGGGUCGUCCAUGCGGGCGCUGGACAAGGAAUACAAGGUCAGCAACCUCAAUAAGGCAUACGCAGCCCAGCAAACUGCACAUGAAAAGGCGAAGAUGCAGGUUGUUGCGGAGGAAGUCCCUGUGGGCACGGCUCUGGCCGGCCCGGGCGACGACGACGAACAAGGCGAGUCGAGCGAACACAGCACAGAUGCGAUGAUGACAAGGGCAGGCGUGGUCACGGCGGCCGCGGCGGCUACGGCGGCCACGGCGGUCAACAAUGUGGCGGGCCACAGCAAAAGCGAAAUUCCCGACUUCCCUGCGCCGCCCUCCAUCCAUUCCAGAGGACCGUCCUCGUCUCCGUCCACGUCAUCCGGGGCUAGAAGCGCACGGAGCAACCGGGCCAAUGCAGCGGCUAACGGACAGUGGCCCUUUGAGGCGUCGACCGUCAUGUCCAGCGUGCAUUCGCGGAACUCGUCAGCUGAGACUGGCCACCAAUCCGGUGCCGCGUCGGACGUGAGCCACCCUGUCGACGACGCCCAGCACCGCGAUGCCCUCGGCAUUCUCCGCAGCAUUGCCUCGUCAUCCUUGUCCACAAAGAAGAGCGCAUCCGUGCUCACACGGCAGACCGUCCGCACCAGCACGCCCAUGCAGCUGGACAUUGCAGUGCAGGCUGCAGAAGCCAGCCGAGCCAACUCAGCCGCCGGUGGUAGCCGAUUGCCCGAACACGUCUUGGACAGCCAAGAAGCCAUUGUGGACGAGGACCGGGAUUCGGUGGGCACCGUGGUGGUCGGUGACGGCAACGGCAACCAAUGGCACAGCGGCCAAGUCAGCCAUGGCGACGGGCAGAGUUCGAUACAGGCCGUGGCCGAUGGGACGCAGUCAACGCUGGAGUCCAACGACGCAAUGGAAAACGGGGCGGCGGGCGAAGUCAAUGGCCGGCGAGGCUUCCUGUCGGGCUUCGCGUCAAAGAUUGCCAACCGUUUCAAGUGGGGUGUGCCCGUGGGCAAAGCACGGUCGGCUCUGAAGCGCUUCUCGACGACGGGCCCCAGCAGCUACCCGUCACCCGACGCAGCCUCGUUCGAUACCGACUUGGGUAGCGUGACCAUUGGCCGGAUUACGACUGCACAGCCCUACAAGCCACGACCCGUGUUCAUCGGCAGCGUCCAACGCAUCAACGAAGAGUCGCCGCAACCGGGCAGCGCGCGGUGGAACCGUGACUCAAAACCAGACAGUCGGGCUUCGGGCGCCGUGACGAGCCGAAAUGGUGCGUCCAGCAUCCAGACACCCCGUACCGGCGUCUUUGACCACCGGCAGCAAGGAUACAACCCCAUGCACUUUAGUGACGAUGAUGACGACGACGACGACAAUGACGACGGCGAGAGCAUACUGAACGGCAGCGACUUUGCGGCCGACGAGGCCAUCCGGCUCGACCCGCCACAGCCGGCCUUUUUGGCGCCAUCCAGGGCGGAGCACGACGCCACCGAUUUGUCGCAAGACAUUGCCAGCUCCUUGAGCAGCCGCCGGCCCACGAGCGGCAGCAGCGGCAUGAGCGGCAUCUCGGCGGCCAUGGAAGAGGUCCGCAGCUUGCUGCUGUUGUCCACAGGAACGCCUUCCAGCGGGCACAGCCUGGACAGCCGCCAACAGAUGCGCCGCGACAGCGACGACAAUGGCCUGUACGCGGCGUCGUCCAACUCGUGGGAGACGCUCCCUUCGUCGAGCGAGCCCAACUGGACCAGCCUGUACGAGUAUGUGCUACCGGGGCAGCGGGCGGCGGCCGGGCCUCUGAGUCAUUACGGCCACGGCGCAGCCACGGCCACGGCGACGGCCACCGAUGCCAGCAGCAACGAGCCGCCGACGCCCGCUACGGGCGCCGGCCUGCCGUACGCCUUUGCACGGCCACAGCAGAUCCACACGGGCAGCCCUGGGUCGGCGGCGCAGCACCAGGCCCAGGCGCGUGCGCGGGCAGCUCAAGCCGGGGCCCAGGCCCAGGCCCAGACUCAUGCACAAACCCAGCAGAGAGCGAAAACGGCGGCCGGCGCAAGCCCAUCGUCGCAUGACGACAUCGCUGCCAGCCCGCGCACCGCGGCGUACCUGACACCCGAGACGCAAAUGUACCGCGAGCUCGGCAGCGCCGGCAGCAGCAACGAUGAGGACAACGAUUUGGCUCUGGAGGGCCGCGGCUACCGCCACCCAUCGUCGUACUAUGGCGAGUCGCCGUACGCGAUGACGAGCAACGACUACGAAUACCCGCCGCCCUUUGUGGCAGGCGACGGGACGUAUCACGCGCACGACGGUGGUGGUGAUGUCGUCGGCCACGGCAGCGACGGCAGUGCGUCGAGCAUCGGCGUGGCCAUGUCCAAGUACUCCAAAGACCCGAAGAUGACGCAGGCGUCUCUGGCGUCCGCGGCGAGCAGCGGCAUCCGGGCCUUCAUCUAA